CCCUGCCCUGCUUUGUGUCCUGGGGAGGACAAGUAGCUCUCACCUUCUUCCCAUCCCCUGAAUCCUCCUGGCUGCUCUAAGCAGGGUGAGGGUGGGAUUCUGCUACUCUGGCGCUCCCAGAGCUUCCAUUUCUUUAUCCUUCCUCCUGCAUGACUAGUGGGAUUGUGGCUGGAGCAGCAGGUGCUGAGUGGGGGCUUUUGGUGUUCCAGAUGCCGGUGACCUUAGAGGAGGUGGCUGUGUAUUUCACCCAGGGUCAGGGGGCUCUGCUGGACCCCGCUCAGAGAGCCCUCUACAGGGACGUCAUGCAGGAGAACUAUGAGAUGGUGACCUCGCUGGGAUUUCCCAUUCCUAAACCUGAGCUGAUCGCUCGGCUGGAACGAGGGGAGGAGCCAUGGGUGCCCGAUCUCCAGGCCUACAAAGAAAGAAGGCUUCUGAGAUCCCCCCGUACAGGUGCUGAUAGAGGCAGUGAGAAUGAGGAGGGGAAUCAUCAUGAGAAAGUUCCCGGGGAAGUGGAACCGCAGGGGACCUUUACAGGAAGAGCUGAAGGAAAUUUUUCCCAGUGCUUAGAGCAGGGAGAAGCCUGGGGAAGUUGGCACAGAUCAGAGAGGCUUCUGGGAAACCACCCAGGGAAGAAAGUGGAUGAAUCUAUUAACAGUGGGGGAGGAGAGGAGGAUCCCAGAGCGCCGCAGACAAAUCCCAAGGAAGAGACACCCUGGCACUACCUUCAGUGUGGGAAACGAUUCAUUUUGAGAUCACAGUUUGUGACACAUCAGACAAUCCAUACUGGAGAGAAACCCCUUCAAUGCUUGGACCAUGGGGAAAGCUUCAAUAAGCUCUCAGAUCUUAAUAACCAUGGGACAAGCCACACUGGAGAGAAACCUGCUCAAUCCCUCGAGUGCGGGAAAUGUUUAAUUUCAAAGACACAAAUAAUUAGAUAUCAGUUAAGCCACACAGGGGAGAGACCCCAUAAGUGCUUGGACUGUGAGAAAAGUUUCAUACAAAGGUCAGACCUUGUUAAACAUCAGGCAAUCCACACAGGAGAAAGACCCCACAAGUGCUUGGACUGUGGGAAAAGUUUCAUAAGAAAGUCAACCCUUGUUGAACAUCAGGCAAUCCACGCAGGAGAAAGACCCCACAAGUGCUUGGAUUGUGGGAAAAGUUUCAUAAGAAAGUCAAACCUUGUUAAACAUGAGGCAAUUCACACAGGAGAAAAACCCCACAAGUGCUUCGACUGUGGGAAAAGUUUCAUAAGAAAGUCAACCCUUAUUGAACAUCAGGCAAUUCACACAGGAGAAAGACCCCACAAGUGCUUGGACUGUGGGAAAAGUUUCAUACAAAGGUCACACCUAGUUCAUCAUAAGGCAAUCCACACAGGAGAGAGACCCCACAAGUGCUUGGACUGUGGGAAAAAUUUCAUAAGAAGGUCGUACCUUGUUAAACAUCAGGCAUUACACACAGGAGAAAGACCCCACAAGUGCUUGGACUGUGGGAAAAGUUUCAUACAAAGGACACACCUAGUUCAUCAUCAGGCAAUCCACACAGGAGAGAGACCCCACAAGUGCUUGGACUGUGGGAAAAGUUUCAUAAGAAGAUCACACCUUGUUCAACAUCAGGCACUCCACACAGGAGAGACUCCAGAGGUGCUUGGAGUGUGGAAAAAGUUUCAUAAAAAAGUCAAAGCUUGUUGAACAUCAGGCAAUCCACACAGGAGCGAGACCUCACAAGUGCUUGUACUGUGGGAAAUGUUUCAUAACGAGGUCAAAGCUUGUUAAACAUUAGGCAUUACACACAGGAGAGAAACCCCACAAGUGCUUGGACUUAGGGGAAAGUUUCAUACGGAGGUCUGACCUCAUUAAACAUGGAAGAAUCCACAAAAGAUUUAAUCUUCUGUGACACAUGGCAUGAAAGCAACUUGUAUGUAAUUGACUCAGAUUCAUCUUUUAGAGAGAGAUUUUAAAAAUGUGUGCACCUUAGAUAAGUGAGAGUUUGAAAUGUAAAUGUGUAAUUUUAAAGACUUGGAAGAAGAGGGCACGUCAUUUCUGAGUAACCUAAUUGCCUUCUAUGAUGAGAUAAGUGGCUCUGUGAAUGAAGGGAAAUGCAGUGGAUGUGUUAUUCCUUGACUUUAGCAAUGCUUUUGGUAUGAUCUCCUACAGUAUUCUUGCCAGCAAGUCAAAGAAGUAUGGGGUGGAUGAAUGGACCAUAAAGUGGAUAGAAAGCUGGCUAGAUCGUCGGGCUCAACGCGUUAUGAUCAAUGGCUCCAUGUCUUGUUGGCAGCCGAUAUCAAGUGAAGUGCCCCAAGGGUCGGUCCUGGGGCCGGUUUUGUUCAGUAUCUUCAUUAAUGAUCCGGAGGAUGACGUGAACUGCACCCUCAAGAAGUUUGCAGAUGACACUAAACUGGGAGGAGUGGUAGAUGCGCUGGAGGGUAAGGAUAGGAUACAGAGGGACGUAGACAAAUGAGAGGAUUGGUCCAAAAUAAAUCUGAUGAGGUUCAACAAGGACAAGUGGAGAGUCCUGCACUUAUAAUGAAAGAAUCCCAUUCUCUGCUACAGACUAGGGACCAAAUGGCUAGGCAGCAGUUCUGCAGAAAAGGACCUAGGGCUUAUAGUGGAUGAGAAGUUGGAUAUAAGUCAACAGUGUGGCAUUGUUGCCAAGAAGGCUAACGGCAUUUUGGGCUGUAUAAGUAGGGGCAUUGCCAGCAGAUUGAGGGACGUGAUCGUUCCCCUCUAUUGGACAUUGGUGAGGCUUCAUCUGGAGUAUUGUGUUCAGUUUUGGGCCCCACACUACAAGAAGGAUGUGAAAAAAAUGGAAAGAGUCCAGCGGAGGGCAACAAAAAUGAUUAGGGGUCUGGAGCACUUAUGAGAAGAGGCUGAAAUAACUGGGAUUGUUUAGUCUACAGAAGAGAAGAAAGAGGUGGGAUUUGGUAGCUGCUUUCAACUACCUGAAAGGCGGUUCCAAAGAGGAUGAAUCUAGACUGUUCUCAUUGGUACCAGAUGCAGUGCGGAAAGUUUAGUUUGGAUAUUAGGAAAAUCUUUUUCAUUAGGAGGGUGGUGAAGCCCUGGAAUGGGUUACCUAGGGAGGUGGUGGAACCUCCUUCCUUAGAGGUAUUUAAGGUGAGGCUUGACAAAGCCUUAUCUGGGAUGAUUUAGUUGGGGAUUAGUCGUGCUUUAAGCACGGGGUUGGAAUAGAUGACCCCUGAGGUCCCUUCCAACCCUGAUAGUCUAUGAUUCUAAGAGGGGUAACUGUGUAGUAAUCUAUGUUUAGCUAUCCAAAGGGUUCCUGUAUUCUUUUAAAUCAGGGAUCAAUAAUUCAGCGAUUAUACCCAUCGCCCAUGCCACCUGCCCAAUUUUAGCUCAGUCUCAUUGAAUUCACUGGGGGUAGGGGCUGAGGGACAGAGGGAAUGUUUAUAGCUGAAAUCACCAAAAUGUGUUUUGCAAGGUUAGUGUUAAUCGGAGCUCUUCUGCUCUGCUGCUCGGUCAUUUUCUCUGGGGAUCCCUGAGAUGGAAAGGAGCAGGUGUUACCAUCUUGGCUACCAAUCCCCACGGUGACUCUCUACACUAGCAAUUCUCAAAGUGUGGCCAGAGCUUCCCAAAGGGGCACAGGAAUGUGUCAAGGGAGGCAUGAUCAGUGUGGGUUGUUUGGUUUUUUUUUAAAGAGCACUGGCUGUCGGCCCCAGUUGGCUGGGGCUCAUGAAGAAGGAACAGGCCUAGCUGGGAGGUGGGGAUAAAUGCUCAGGUUCUCAAACCCAGGUGGAGCAGCAGCACAGAAGUUAGAUUGUCAAUGGGGUGAUAAGUCUGCUGUGAACAGCUAUAUUGAGGAAUAUCACUUUUCACGUGGCCACCCUAACUUCUGUGCUGCUAUUGGAGGCCUUCAGAGCUGGGUGUCUCACAAGCAACUACUCUGCCAUUAGAGCUGGGUGGUGAUAUAUGUGCUUUGGUGGGGGCGUAAAUGACCACAGACACAAAGAAGGGAUUUGGGGGGAAGGGGAGGGCAAUGAAACCACUGGUCUACACUCAUGAUCAUCACAUUUACAAAAUGAUAAAUCUUCUCCAAAGUAUGUCUUGUGAGGUAUCAUAGGGAAGGUCAUCGCCUACCGAAUAUUAUUGUCCCAUUAAAAUUUGUCUAUCAGCACUGUCCAUGGAGCUCUGAGAGUUUGCUGUAUGUUUGUUACAUGCUGUAAAGCUGGAAAACGCCCACAGACGAGCUCCUCAGAGACAAUGGCACCUGCACACCAGCUAGGUGCUACGUGGGCAGUAAUUGCUCAGCCGGCCAUUCACCAGCUGCUGGAGCUGGGAACAAGACAGUUACAAUUCACCGGAAGGAGGGCUGGACGCUCACUUAGGCCACAGACUGCUUGUCAGCUGUCCCCCGGCUGGAGGGCAAACCUCAAAGAGGAGAGUGGUCCAAAAGCACAAGGGAGAAUUGCCUCCAUUUUUAUCUCUCCUCUCCUAUCUUUGCAGAAGGGAACAAGAUGGCUUCAAAGGGAACAGGGGCCUUGGACUGGGGAGGGUGGAUCAAGGCUGGAAGGAAAUCCAGGCUGGGUAUAAGAACUGUGAACUGCCUGCAACAGCGGGUGGGGUGGGAAAUCCUGUUUUCUUCACAUCUUCCUUAGUUUGGUAAUAUUUAGGAUUUAAAAUGCAUGUUUUAAUUUUAUAGUUUUAACCCAUUCUGACUUUUACAUCUUUCUCCCUUGUAAUCCCUGAAAACCCCCUUGCUAAACUGGUUUUAGUGUUUUGUCUGGA